UACUAUCACCACAACAAGAAGAAGAAAUUUCUCCAUCAGAUAUAGGAUCAAGACUACGAGUCCUCAAGCAACUCACUCUUCAUUAAAAUGGCAUCUCCAACGAAAAUCUUCCCGCCCGAAAAAAUCAGAGCCGUAGUCGAAGAUGUAGCGAGUCUGUUGAAAGAGCGGAAGGAAACCGUUAGUGUGGCUGAGACAGCGGCCGGAGGUAUAAUAUCCGCCUCCCUCCUCAGCACACCUGGCGCUAGUGGAUUUUAUAAGGGUGGUUUGACUCUCUACACCCUAGAAUCUCGCAUCGCGUUCGCGGGCUGGACCCAAGAAAACAUCACCUCCUACGCCGGGCCCACGACCGAUGUCGUAGCAGGUCUAGCGCGCAAUGUAAGGGCGAAAUUGGGGUCGACGUAUACGGUGUGCGAGAGCGGGACGGCGGGACCGACGGGUGGGAAGACGGCUAACCGGACUCCGGGAUAUGUAGCCCUAGCAGUAGCUACAGAAAGGGGGGUCUUUGAACGAGAACUGAGUACAGGGCUAGGAGGCGAUAGGGAGGCGAAUAUGGUGCAGUUUGCAGUGGAGGCGUUGGGGUUGUUGAAGGAUGUUAUUAAGGGGGAUGCUAAGCUUUGAUUAUUGGAUUGGAAUUGGAAUUCGGGGGAGGGUUUUCGGUUGCUAUUCUUGAUAUUUUGUUUAGAGGAUCGAUUGAGGUCUUUCAUUCGAAGUCCUUGCUUUUUCUGUCUUUACUGGGGGAUUUUCCCCGUGUCAUCCGCGUCUCCUCUCUUCAUCUCAGUCUCAUAACAUAGGUAGGCAGGGCGUCAUCGAAUCGGAAGUUCAAGUUCAUAUUGGAUUGCCUUUACAUAUUUUCAUCUCACCUCAAAUCCAG